UUUUUUUAACCUUCCGCACCUCAAAUUGUACCUUCUGUAUUGUUUUUUAGCAACUUCUGAUCAAACCCAUUUGGCCAUUUGUUGGUCUGAUCAAAACCCACUUGGGGUUUCUAAGCAUAUGAUAUGAAUCCCGCAUCAAUGGCUGGGUGGAUUUCAAAUAACGCAAAGAUGAAUCUUAAAGCUGUGGAUGGGAAUGAAAUGUUUCAGGGUCUAUCCAAGUCUGCUGGUUUGGACCUUAUACAGAAUUGUGAUCUUCCUCCACCCAUGAAAGUCUUCACAGGUUCUGCAGACAAGACUGUUGUGUCAUCCAUGAACAGAAUUUGCAGCAUGAUGGCCCGAGAAGAUCACGAAAACAGCCACGAGUUAAUCGACAUGUAUAGAGGAGACGGCGAUCAGAAUUAUGGGAAGCUGGAGCUCUUGAAAGCCUUGAGGCUUUCGCAAACAAGAGCGAGGGAGGCAGAGAAGAAGGCUGAGAAGUUGGCAAAGGAAAAGGAAUGUCUUUCCAAUGCUCUGCUCGCUGAGGCGAAAGAGCUUUUUGCUUACCGGCAAUGGGUGAGGUUGCUUGAGCUAAAAGUUUCGAAGCUGCAUUCACAAUUUGCAGAACAAGAACAUCAGGAAUGCUGUGGCUGUGAGACUUGGAUUGUAGCUUUGGCACUUUGUUUGGGGAUUGCUGGUGUUGGGUUUGCAUUUGGCAGCAGAUAUUUCAUUUCAGAGUCAUCAUAAGUUCCUAACUCUGGUUUUUGUAAAGGUAGUAAAAGGAGGUAUAUAUUUGAUAGUAUUCUGUAAUAGAAAGGCUCAAGCUUUCUGAAACUGCAAGCAAAUUCUGCAAUUUUGCAAUCAGCAUGUAAUGAAGAACAAUCGAGUAGACCGAGAUUUCGACUUUUCCAUGCUUAUGUAUAUAACUAUAUAUAACUCAUGGGAUUUUGCCAGAUAA